AUGAAGCCGCCUCGGCAACGGGUCGCCAUUGUCGGCUCGGGCAUGGCGGGCCUGGUCGCUGGGUAUCUAUUGGCGAAUGAUAAGGAGGGGAGGUUUGAUGUUGAGGUUUUGGAGAUGCAAGAUCGCCUGAGCCUCGACUCGGCGAGUUACACGCUCCCGCGAGAGUUCUCGCGCAGUGGAACCGGAACCGGGACCAGGAACGAAUCCAGGCACGGGGAUGGCUCAACACAGAACUCUGCAAAACAUCGAAACGCACCUGAAGAGAUAGAAAAAGAGAGAGAAGAAGAAAGAGUCGACCUCCCCAUGCGCGCCUUUGCCGCUGGGUACUACGACAACCUGCGCAAACUGUACAGCCACCUCGGCGUGCAAUUCGACGAGCCGCGAUUCGUCUAUUCGCUCUCGACACUCGACUCGACCGACGACGACACAGCGACGAAGAAGCGCACGGCGACGAAAGGGGGAAACUACUUUAUCCAUUCAUCGAACAACCACAUCCUCCCGCCUAUCCGACCCGCGGGGCUCUCGAUCGCGAGAUGGGUGGUCGAGGUCGCGUAUUUACUAUUUUGGUAUACGUGGUUCACCCUCGCUGCUUUCUUCAUCAGACCGAGGACGAUAACGACCAAAACCACGACACGACAAAAGGACUUUUACUCCUCUGGGGGACUCACGACGACGACAACGCACUCGAGCGAAACGCUCCGCUCGUACCUCGCUCGCAUCUUUCUUCCGAAUUACUACACAACGCGCUACUUCCUCCCGCUAAUGUCCAGCGUGACGACGUGCACCCACGACGAGCUCCUCGACUUCCCGGCAAGCGACAUCGUCGCGUAUGCGCGACGCACGUUCCGCCGCCCGCAUUAUACUGUCCGCGGCGGGGUCCGGCAGGCGGAGGGGAAGCUCUCUGCUGGCCUUAGGGUACGCUUCGGGGCGAGGGUCGUGAGCGUCACGAGCCUCGAAGAUGGAAGGGUUAAGGUGCGGUGGAGGUCGACGUCAAAGAAGGUCCGGACCCACACUUCUUCAGCGCGAAUGAACGGUGGGGCCUCAGCGUCAGCGUCAGCUGCAGAAUAUGACGUUGCGGAGAGGCGCGUGGGGGCCGAAGCGGAGGAGGUGGAGGAAGUACUAGAGGAAAUCUACGACAAAGCGAUCAUCGCCGUGACGCCCGAUGUUGUCGGUUCGAUUUUCGAGCCCCUUGUGCGGGAGAUGAAGGAUAUACCCACGACGUCGGUCCAGUCGGUUGUGCAUCAGGACUUCGCGCGGAUCGGGGAUUGUAGUACGCAGUUGAGGCGGAAUCCGCGGUUUGCGAGUCGGACGGCAAGAUCGAGUUCGUCUUCGUCCUCGACUUCCGCUUCUGGUCCUGUCUCAGCAGCUAUUCACAUGUACACAAACCUCCGCACCGGGAAGACAGAAUCCAUCCACGAACACCUCAGCUCGAUGCUCAUCACGACAUAUCCAAUCGACGAAGCCAUCGACGAAUCGAAGAUCUUGCACCGCGCAACAUUCACACGGGUUUUACGGAGUCCUCGAAGCCGGGAGAUCGUGAAUGGAAUCUUCAGACCUCAAGUGAACUCCCGACGGCACAUUGAGGAGUCUCGAAAAGGGUGGAAGAAUGGCGACGGUAAUGUCUACCUCGUUGGCGGGUGGUGCUGGGAUGGUAUGGUUAUGCUGGAAGGGUGCAUUGUUUCGGCCAUUCGGGUUGCGGAUGCGCUCGGGGUUGAUGUGCCUUGGGCUCGGUAG